UUCAUAGCUAUAAAUAGCAGGGAUGUACAGGUAAUAUUCGAUCUUUUUCCAUUAGCAGUACCGAAUUUCAAGUCAACUAUCAUCAGAAUCAAGAUCCUCCUUUCCAGCGUUGUAUCUCCUAUUGACGUCUCGCAGCUCUAGCAGCCAGAACCAGCUGAAGCGGCCCAUAGCCCCCAAGAGCCGAAGGCAGUAACAAUGUUCACGCUGACUGCUCACUGGAGGCAGAGGCUUGACGAACGGAAGUACCAAGCCUUACGAGCGCUCGAGACAGGUGAUUUCACCUAUCUACACACUGACUGGGCGCUCCAGUCCAGCCGCGAUGUCAACACGGCGGAGAUUGCGAGGCGGACCCGUGCCUUUGGGCAUUUUGUUGAGCAGGUAGAAAACAACUACGUCCACGCAUGCAAAGCAGGCCCGGAGACCAUAACCAGGAUAGUGGAACAAAUCGGACAGCUCAGUAGCCGCCACAGCGCCCAGACCUGGCACAACACGAUAGAAAACGACAGAGAAUGGGCCAAGAAUAACAUGGUGGGGGUACUGGACUACUCUUACGGGGUCCUGGGGGGCUUGAUACACAACCUCGACGCGCCCCUGCAAGACACUGCGGUCGACGUGGUCUUGAUGAUGGCGCACUGGGUCGAGAAGGUGUUUGACAUGCUACUGCAGUCCCUGAGCAGAAUGGUGGAUAAUAUUCCCAAGAUGAUGCAAGGCAACCGGGACGCCCUUACUGGCGCGCGGGAAUCGGUCUCCCGGGCAGCGCAGAUCUCCACCACGUGGAUCCAGUGGUUCUGCCGGGGCGGGGCCGCCACCGCCGCCGCCGCGCCGACGAGGGCGGAGGCGACGUUCCACCUGCGGUGGCGCGAGGGGAGGGGGCUGGGAGCGGCGGCGGCCGCUGCCGCGCUGGAGUACCAGGCGGCGCGGCACCGGCUGCUCGGCAGCCAGGUAGAGACGUACGGGCCGACGCGCGGCCACCGCGGCGGGUGGACGGCGCGCCUCGCCGUGCGCUCCCCCGCGCUCGACUACCCCGAGCUCGUCGACGCCGGCCGCGCCUUCGUCGACGUCGAGGCGGCGCGGUCCGCCCCGCGCCCCGGCUGGCCCAGUCUCCCCAACCCCGACGCCGUAUACAUCACCGACGUGAGCCCCGCGGGGUCGGCGGCGUGGGCCUAGCGCCGAGGAGUGCUGGCGAUGGCGCGUGUGGCAGGGGAAGCGGAGGAGGCGGAGGAAGGAGGGGCAACGCCGGCGGUGCGAAAACCGGCCUGGGCGGGUCGCCUUUCUUCUUUCCUCUAUCGGGAGCUGUGGCCGGGGUCGGAUUAUUUAGGUACUGGGCGAGGGUCUUUUGUCCUCGUGGCUCCCUUCUGUAGUCCUUCAUCCGACGUAUCUGGUCGAUCGCAUCGGAUGAUAAC